GUCGUGACUUACAACACUGUCCUCAAGGCCUGUGAGGGGCCUCACGCAAAGACUGCUCGCGCACUUUGGGACGGCCUUCUUCUGAACUCACUGGAGCCCGACGUGUGGACGGUAAACAAUGCCAUAGGCGCCAGCCACGACGACUGGCGCCACGUGCUGUGGACGCUCUGGCGCUGGGGCACUGGUACAGCAGUGACUGUGGGAGCCAUGAUGAAGGCGCUCUCUGCAGGUCAGCUGUGGGAAUGGGGCCUAUGCAGCUUGGUUUGGAUGUCGGGGCGCUCUGCUCCGAUGAGCACGGUGGCGAUUCUGGAAGCCUGCCGGAUGGUCCGGGACACCUCCCAGGCCGUGAAGAUGGUGGAGAGCUUGAUCUGUAAGCUCCGGGCGCAAGGCGCAGAACUCAGCCGCGAGGCAGCCAACGCCGUGCUUGGAUUGGCAUCCUGGCCACGGGCGCUGAGCCGUUUCAGAGGUCAGAUACAUCUCGGCUUGAUGCCCAGCUGUGCAAGCUUCAACACCGUUGCCACAGCGAUGGCUGCCGCAGCUGCCUGGCUGCAGGGACUUCGACUCUUGAUGGAGCAGAGGUCCUCCUCGCUGCGACGGGAUCUGGUGGGCCUGGGCAGCUGCCUGAAUGGAUUUUCUCAGGUGAGAGAUUCCGAAACCUACUUAAAUCAUUCGGACGCACUGAAGGAUCCACAUUGCGCAAGGACUCCGACUAAUAUUACAAAGUAUUAG